GGCGGUGAAGACUCGCCGGCAGGAGGAAGGCGCUUGGGCCCUGCCCGUCGGAGCGGCGCCGCGCUGAGACAUGGCCGUGGCUGUCACCACCAAGACGGCGUGGAAGCUGCAAGAGAUCACUGCUCACAGCAGCAAUGUGUCCUCACUAGUCCUGGGAAGAAGUUCAGGCCGUCUGCUGGCAACUGGAGGAGAUGACUGUCGGGUCAACAUAUGGUCAGUUAACAAGCCCAACUGCAUCAUGAGCUUGACAGGUCAUACAACGCCCAUUGAGAGCCUACAGAUCAAUACAAAUGAGGAGCUCAUUGUUGCAGGGUCCCAGUCAGGGUCCAUUCGAGUUUGGGACCUGGAAGCUGCCAAAAUUCUUCGUACCUUACUCGGUCACAAAGCAAAUAUCUGCAGCCUUGAUUUCCAUCCUUUUGGAAGUUUUGUGGCAUCUGGCUCUUUGGACACAAACAUUAAGCUCUGGGAUGUAAGAAGAAAAGGCUGUGUCUUCAGGUACAAGGGUCACACAGAAGCAGUUCGAUGUCUUCGCUUUAGUCCUGAUGGGAAAUGGUUAGCCUCUGCUGCUGAUGAUCACACUGUAAAGCUGUGGGAUCUGGCUGCUGGGAAGAUAAUGUUUGAGUUUACAGGACAUACUGGCCCAGUAAACGUUGUUGAAUUCCAUCCCAAUGAAUACCUUUUGGCUUCUGGCAGCUCUGACAGGACUGUUCGUUUCUGGGACUUGGAGAAGUUUCAAGUUGUGAGUUGCAUUGAAGAGGAGGCUACUCCUGUCAGGUGUGUGCUCUUCAACCCAGAUGGCUGCUGCUUGUACAGUGGCUUCCAGGAUUCGCUGCGUGUGUACGGAUGGGAGCCAGAGCGCUGUUUUGAUGUGGUCUUGGUGAACUGGGGAAAAGUAGCUGACUUAUCUAUCUGUACCAACCAGCUGAUAGGAGUUUCCUUCGCACAAAGCACAGUCUCUUCCUUCGUUGUGGAUCUCAGCAGAGUCACAAAAUCAGAUUCUAUUCCUCACGGGCUGAUCAGGGACGAUGAGCCUCUUGUGCCACCUACACCCACGGGGUCCUCCCUUCGCCGCAUCUAUGACAGGCCCUCAACUAGCUGCAGCAAGCCACAAAGAGUGAAGCACAAUUCGGAGAGUGAGAGGCGCAGUCCCAGCAGUGAAGAUGACCGGGAUGAGAAGGAAUCAAAGCUUGAGAUCCAGAACCCAGAGGAUUACAAAGAGAUCUUCCAGCCCAAAAACACUAUCUGUCGAACUCCUCCUCGAAACAAUGAGCCCUUUCCAGCCCCUCCUGAGGAUGAGCCUGUAACUGCAAAGGAAGUGGCGAAGCCCAGCCAAGCUGCAGAUGUCCAGACUGCGUUGCCAAAGCAAGAACUUCCUGAUCCGGUUCAUAGGCUACCAAUUGCCUCCUCAACUCCUUUGACCAGAACAGAGCCGUCGGUGAUUCCUGCAGCCAGGAAUGAGCCCAUUGGUCUGAAGGCCUCUGACUUUCUACCAGCUGUAAAAAACCAAAGCCAGACUGAGCUUGUGGAUGAAGAAGCCAUGUCCCAGAUCAGGAAAGGUCACGAGACCAUGUGUGUGGUGCUCACCAGUCGCCACAAGAAUCUGGAUACCGUGCGGGCUGUAUGGAGCACCGGUGACAUCAAGAACUCCGUGGACUCUGCAGUGGCGAUCAAUGAUUUGUCUGUUGUUGUGGACCUCUUGAAUAUUGUCAACCAAAAAGCGUCUCUCUGGAAGCUGGAUUUGUGUACUGUAGUCCUGCCGCAGAUAGAAAAACUACUCCAAAGUAAAUAUGAAAGUUAUGUGCAGACUGGCUGCACCUCCCUGAAACUCAUUCUUCAGAGAUUCCUGCCAUUGAUCACAGACAUCCUCACCGCACAACCUUCUGUUGGAGUGGACAUCACCAGAGAGGAAAGGCUCCAUAAAUGCAAGCUGUGCUACAAGCAGCUGAAAAACAUCAGCAACAUCGUCAAGAACAAGUCUGGGCUUAGUGGCCGCCAUGGUAGUGCCUUUCGGGAACUUCAUCUCCUCAUGGGUGUCCUGGAGUGACAGCUGCCACCUCCUCACCUGCAAGCACAGGUGACCAGCUCCCUUCUGCUCCUGGUCUGGCUGGACUUCACCCCUCUCUGUGUGUCCAUCCUCCCCCCCAGCACGGUAGGAAAUGCGCUCUCGCGAUCCGGCCGCCUGCCCAGUCCUGGCGCUCGCAGGCUGGAGGGAGCCCCUGAGCGGAGAGACGUGGGUCCGGAGGGAGGGGAGCUGCCUGCCGGGGGGCUCUGCGAAGCCCCUUGGGGGAUGCAGCUUCAUUUCAGCUCUUCAUCUCAGCACCAAGCCCUCGGCUGCUCUGUGUCUGUGUGCUGACCUUUCCCUGCUGGGAGGGCUCUGAGCUUAUGCCACCCCCCUGUCACCCAUGUCUGCUGUCAGGUCUUGUCACUUGGCUCAGUGGGCUGGUGCUGGCUGCUCCACAAGAGCCUGUGGGGGGGUGGCAUGCUCUUGGCCUGCAGGGGGGACCUCAGCUGCUGUGUGGGACUGGCCCCUUUGGCUUGUGUCAUCAGACAGGAGCUGUGCCACUGUGCCACCGUGCUGGUGCAGUCUCAGGGACCUGUAGCGAGAGGAGGCUGUCUCUGGGCUUCACAAAAAUUCCUGCUGGCACCCUGGGCCACGGAAGAUUAAUAUCUUCAGACUGUUGCUGGGAUCUGAGGUCUACCCAGAUCUGUUAAAAUAUGUGACUUAAACAGGACUUGUAUGUGUUUGCCUUUGGG